UGAUUGGCUGCUACGCAUCCGUCCGCAUCGCACAGUUUGUAAUAAAUCGUCGCGUCGCUCCAGCGCAGGCAGCUCGGGGAGCGCAUACAACAACAGUAGACUGCAGAGAUGACCCCGCAGACAGUAGCAGUUUUAGGCCUUGCCCUGAGCCUGGGGCUGGUAGUGAGCAGUUUUCCCACCGAACAGCCAGAAAAUGGGAAAAACUGGGUUGUCAUAGUGGCCGGAUCCAAUGGCUGGUACAACUACAGACACCAGGCCGACGUCUGCCAUGCGUAUCAGAUUGUCCACAAGAACGGCAUCCCUGACGAGCAGAUUGUGGUGAUGAUGUAUGAUGAUCUCGCUAAAGAUCCUAAUAACCCAACUCCAGGAGUGAUCAUAAAUCGACCUAAUGGAACUGAUGUUUACAAAGGAGUGCUGAAGGACUACACCGGUGGUGAUGUGACUCCUCAGAAUUUCCUGGCGGUGUUGAAAGGUGAUGCUGCUGGUGUAAAGGGAGGAUCUGGAAAAGUGCUGAAAAGUGGUCCAAAUGAUCAUGUGUUUGUGUAUUUCACUGAUCACGGUGCCCCAGGUCUGCUGGCCUUCCCUAACGAUGACCUUCUUGUAGAUGACCUGAUGAACACCAUCAAGUACAUGCAUACAAACAAUAAAUACAAGAAGAUGGUGUUUUAUAUCGAAGCCUGCGAAUCUGGCUCCAUGAUGAAACCUCUGCCUGUUGACAUUGACGUCUAUGCCACAACUGCUGCCAACUCUGAUGAGUCCUCAUAUGCCUGUUACUAUGAUGAGGCCAGAGACACCUACCUGGGAGACUGGUACAGUGUCAACUGGAUGGAGGACUCGGAUGUGGAGGAUCUGAGCAAAGAGACUUUGGCCAAACAGUUCAAGAUUGUAAAGGCCAAAACCAACACCAGUCAUGUGAUGCAGUAUGGAAACAAGACGCUGUCCCACAUGAGGGUGAUUGCAUUCCAGGGUAACUCAAAAGGUCUUGAGGCAGCUGAGCCUGUGUCUUUGCCUGUGGUUACUGAACAUGACCUUAUGAGAAGCCCUGAUGUGCCUCUUGCAAUCAUGAAGAGAAAACUCAUGAAGACCAAUGACAUCUAUGCUGCUCACCAGCACCUGCAGAAGAUCAAUGCACAUAUGCUGGUGCGGGAGCUGCUUGCUAACACUAUGCGUAAGAUUGUGGAGCAUGUGGUGCAGGAAAAAGAAGAAGUGAAAGAUUAUCUGGAGGGACGUGAAGAUCUGACACAGUAUGACUGUUAUAAAACUGCUGUCAACCACUACAAGCAACACUGCUUCAACUGGCACCAGCAGGAGUAUGAGUAUGCUCUAAGACACCUGUAUGCUUUAGUCAACCUGUGUGAGGGAGGAUACCAGGCCCACAGAAUCACAGCGGCAAUGGACCAUGUGUGUUACUUCAGAAAUUAGAAACAUGUGAACAUGAGCCACUGAGGGACUUUUACUGUGGAUGAACUACUUUGCACAAAAGAAUCUGACUGUGGGAGGAAUCUGUAUAACACUGCAGUGUCAUGCUAGACUUUGUUUUGAUCUUUUUGGAAAUGUGUUUUUUAUGAGGAAUCACAGUUUUUUAAAUUUUGUGUGAAUGUUUUACUGUUGUUUAUUUUUGUUUUAAAGAAAGAAGCCUGCUUUAAGAUGCUGCCCAGUGACUCCUGACAAACUAGUUAGGUUGUUAACAUUUUGUUUUAUAUUGUUUUUGGAUUAUUUUGAAAUGCCCGAUCAUCAAGAGACAAACAGAAUUUUGGCUGGGCAGUAAAUCUUCAGAAUGGCAUGACAGAAAUUUGCAUGGCAUAUUGUUUUGCACAUCAGUUUCUGUCACAAUCAUUAAUAAAGAUUUUUGGAGAGUUUGGAAACCAAAGAACUUCAAUGUUCUGUCAAUGAAUGAGGUUUGAUUCUUCGUAAUGGAGAAUAAAUGCUGUUAAUAGAGUAAAGUAAAUUUCAUUUAAAAAAAACACUAGCUCAAAUUUUGCUGCACGUUUUUGAUGUGGUGCUGUCCUAAAUGUAAUUUUAAUUUUUUUUUUUAAUUUUUUUUUUUUUUACUGUGUUUAUCUGCUGUUUAGCUAAGCAAUGGCAAUGCCCAAUUUCACUGCAUUAAUAAAAACAAAACAAAAACUUUGAUUUAUUGACUAAAUAUGUACACAUCAAACUAAUAAUACAACCUAAUCUGUCUACCUGAAGCCUGUGGUCAUACUGAACAAGAAAAGUCUUAAAUAACUGAGAUCACCUUUCAAAAACAGCUGCAGGUUGGGCACUGAAUAAGCAGGUUUGUUCUGCGCAAUGGCCGGUCUGUCAGGCUGGGUUAUGUCAAGUGCUCUUUAUUUAGAGAAAAUUGAGGACUUGAUGCUUUGAUUUAAAGGGAGUGUAAUGUGUGAGUGUUUGCUGGAUUUACAGCUCUGUAGGGAAAGUGAGAUUGCACUGGGGACGUGGGCUAAAAAGUUCUGUGAAACAAUACAUUCAACUGGAAACAGUCUUCCUGUCAAUGUGUAAUCUGUUAAGUACUGAGUUGUACUUGAUUAUAAAAGAAAUAAUAAAAUUGAAUUGAAUUUGCAAA